CCAUCACUUAAUCGCAAUAAAAUGUCGGUGCAUUGAUUUGGACGACUAGCAAGUUCACUUCUAGUUUCAAGGAGUGAUAUAUUGUUUUCAGGCUAUUGGUUUGUCAAAUUUCAAUGAAAACCAGAUAGAACGUGUUUAUCGCUGUGCCGAAAUCAAACCGCACAAUUUACAGAUUGAAAUCCAUGCUUACAUGCAACAGGCCAAAUUGUGUGAUUAUUGUAAAGCAAAUAAUAUCACGGUAACGGCAUACGCGCCAAUUGGAUCACCUGGACGUAAGGCUUUCAACCCAAAUGGUUACUGGCCUGAGGGCGAGCCACUCAAAGAUCCAGUGAUUUCUGAAAUUGCUAAAAGACAUAACAAAACACCCGCGCAGGUACUUCUUCGAAAUCUUAUACAACGCGGUAUUAGUGUAAUACCAAAAAGUAUCAAUGCAGAGCAUAUUCAAGAAAACAUCAAUAUUUUCGAUUUCAAGCUUACCGAUGACGAGAUGAAACAAAUUGAACAAAUCAACAGAGAUAUUCGGCUU